GCUCUCGGCAGGAGAGAGCGGGACUGCACGGAGCGGGAUCCUGGCGCAAGCUCAUCCCACCUCCUGCGCUUCCAGAGCAGCUGCCCAGCCGGAUCGGGAGCUCAGGGAGGAAACUACUGGGCUAUGGAAUACAGAUGUGUGAAUUCAGAUAGCUAAAAGGUGCUCGGAGAAGGAAUCUAGCAUGCUUUCCUAUAAAGCAACAUUUUAAAAGCCAGGUUCCUAACUAUAAAGAUGCAAAAACGUAAUAUCCAUGAAGAUCCUAUCACCUAAGAAGAAUUUGACAUUUUGCUGCGAAUGCUGCGUUGGGAUUGAUUUAUUCUUGGAGUGUUCUGCACGGCUGGCAAAGAAUAAUGUUUCAAAAUCGGUCCUUCUCCCAAGGGGUCCAAUUUUUCUUCCUGGGUGUCAGCGAGCCCUGACUCACUCCAGUGCAGCUGACAGGGGCUGCCAUGCUUGUGGCACACUAAGCAAAGAACAAAAGACCUAAGGACGACCUUUGAACAACACAAAGGAUGGGUUUCAAUGUAAUUAGGCUACUGAGCGGAUCAGCUGUAGCUCUGGUAAUAGCCCCUACUGUAUUACUGACAAUGCUUUCUUCUGCUGAACGAGGAUGCCCUAAGGGCUGUAGGUGUGAAGGCAAAAUGGUUUAUUGUGAAUCUCAGAAAUUGCAGGAGAUUCCCUCAAGUAUAUCUGCUGGUUGUUUAGGUUUGUCCCUUCGAUAUAACAGCCUCCAAAAACUAAAAUACAAUCAAUUUAAAGGUCUUAAUCAACUCACCUGGCUCUAUUUAGACCAUAACCACAUCAGCAAUAUUGACGAAAAUGCUUUCAGUGGAAUACGCAGACUAAAAGAGUUGAUCUUGAGUUCCAACAGAAUCUCCUAUUUUCUUAAUAAUACCUUCAGACCUGUGACAAAUCUCCGGAAUUUGGAUCUGUCAUACAAUCAGCUGCAGUCUCUGGGAUCUGAACAGUUCAGGGGCUUAAGGAAGCUGCUGAGUUUACAUUUGCGGUCCAAUUCCCUAAGAACCAUCCCUGUUCGAAUAUUUCAAGAUUGUAGGAACCUCGAACUGUUGGACCUGGGUUAUAAUCGCAUUCGAAGUUUAGCAAGGAAUGUCUUUGCAGGUAUGAUCAGACUGAAAGAGCUUCACCUGGAGCACAAUCAAUUUUCUAAGCUCAACUUGGCACUUUUUCCAAGGCUAGUCAGCCUUCAGAAUCUUUAUUUACAGUGGAAUAAAAUCAGUGUGAUAGGACAAACCAUGUCCUGGACCUGGAGCUCAUUACAAAGACUUGAUUUAUCUGGCAAUGAAAUAGAAGCUUUCAGUGGACCUAGUGUUUUUCAGUGUGUGCCCAAUUUACAGCGCCUCAACCUGGAUUCAAACAAGCUCACAUUUAUUGGUCAAGAAAUUUUGGAUUCUUGGAUAUCCCUCAAUGACAUCAGCCUUGCCGGGAACAUAUGGGAAUGCAGCAGAAACAUUUGUUCCCUGGUAAACUGGCUUAAAAGUUUUAGAGGGCUGAGGGAAAACACGAUUAUUUGUGCCAGCCCCAAAGAGCUGCAAGGGGUGAAUGUUAUUGAUGCAGUGAAAAACUACAGCAUCUGUGGCAAAAGUACCACAGAAAGGUUUGAACUAGCCCGAGCUCUCCCAAAGCCAACGUUUAAACCAAAACUCACCAGGCCUAAACACGACAGCAAGCCCCCUCUGCCCCCGACUAUUGGAGCCACUGAAUCGAGCUCCGAGCCCGAGCACGACACAGAACACAUCUCCUUCCAUAAAAUCAUAGCAGGCAGUGUGGCUCUUUUCCUGUCUGUGCUUGUGAUCCUGCUGGUGAUCUAUGUGUCAUGGAAGCGGUACCCUGCUAGUAUGAAGCAGCUGCAGCAGCGCUCGCUCAUGCGAAGGCACAGGAAAAAGAAAAGACAGUCACUGAAGCAAAUGACUCCAAGCACACAGGAAUUUUAUGUAGAUUACAAACCUACCAACACUGAAACCAGUGAGAUGCUGCUGAACGGAACAGGACCCUGCACGUAUAACAAAUCAGGCUCCAGGGAAUGCGAGAUACCAUUGUCUAUGAAUGUGUCAACAUUUCUUGCCUAUGAUCAGCCCACGCUCAGUUACUGUGGAGUACAUCAUGAACUGCUGGCUCACAGGCCCAAUGACUCAAAUAACCAGGAAGAAACAGUGGAAACACACCUAGAGACUGAUCUGGAUCUGAGCACAAUAACAACAGCAGCACGAAUCAAGGAACACAGUCAGCAGCUGGCUUAAAUGGGGGUUGGAGUUUGGGGUGGGUUUUUUUGUUGGGGUUUUUUUCCUGUAGCAGAGGCUGCAACCAAAUUCUAUGUAACAUUAUGGACAGAAGUGAGAAGACAUAACACUAUGGAUUCUAAUAUUCCUGUUCAAAUUAAAAAAAAAUCACAAAGAUUAAUUGUUUCAAGUCUACAAUUUGUAAUUAGUUAAGUUGUGCAGUAUUUUUUGACUUCAGAGUAUGACCCUUGAAGUGAACCUUUUUCAAAACUCAUCCUACCUACCUGUAUAAACUGUACAGAUGUAAUGUAUUUUUCAUAUUGUAAAGUUUCAAUUACCAAGAACAGCUGGUAUGUACAGUGUCAUAAUUUAAUUACAUCUUAUUUUACAAGCUUCUGUUUCUAAAGUUUCAAAUUAACAAGUUAUUUCUUGUGUUAUUCGGUUACUCUGUUUUGUAGGACCAAUUUGUUACUGCUUUUGUGCCCAGAAAACUUAAACCUAAAAUUCUGUCCUUUGCAGAAUAUGCACCAUUUUUACAGUGUUUAAUGUGUAGAAUUUUAUCUACUGGUUCCAGAGGAAGGGUUUAACUAUUCACUUCUAAGAAAUUCUUAAAACAUAUAACCAAGUUUUCCUAGAAAUAAUAAUUUUUUAAAAAAAAAUUAAAUUCUACCUGUUGCCUUGAAAUACAGUCUGACUUCUAAAUCACAAAAAAAUGUAUCAAUACAUUUUAACAAGGAAGUUUAUGUAGGCAACUGUUAGCCAGGGCUGGUGAUGUUUUGUAAAGUCUCAGUGUUCUGCAAGACAAUAUGGGCAGGAAAUUUCAAUAAGCAGCUACAAAAUCUACUGUGAAAGUAGAGUCUGCCAGAUUAGGCACUUGCACUUCCUUUUAAAGACAAAUGGGUCUAAAAUCUACUUAUGCCACAGACAGCUGCUGACUGAAGUGGCAACAGAAACAAGCCCUUACACUAAUCUGAGAACGUAAAGUAUUACUUAAAAGUAAGAAACAUCUACUUCCUGAAAAAUACAGUAAUUUGGAACAAAUGGUAAAGGUUAAUAGGUCCUUAGCAUUAUGAUACAGCAAGUUAAGAAAAAAAAAAAAAACACCAAAACCUUUAAAUAAUAAAAAAAAUCAAUUUAGUAUUAAGUCUCUACCAACUACUACAUUACCUUUUUGUAUAUAAUUUAAUAUCUGGAUCAAAGCAGUCUUAUAUCCCAUUCUUCUGGUUUUAAACCCUCAAGACUUCUCAAUACUGUAUGAGAGUAACUUUUAUAAUGUUGUAAUCAGAAAAGAUUACAGAAAUUAGGCACACAUUAUAUCAUGCCGAUUUGGUGAAAUACAAAAGGGAACAUGAGCCUUCCAAAAUAUAGGAGAAAAACAUUUCAUAUGGUGAGGUAACUUUUUUAUAAUAAAGAGAAAUUAUAUAACCACAAA